AUGAAUAUAGGAAUAAACGGAUUCGGCCGAAUCGGCCGAAUGGUAUUGAGGGCAGCUAUUGAAAACGACGCAGAAAUCAAUGCAAUUAACGAUCCAUCCAUCAAAGAACCGGCUUACAUGGCAUAUCUGUUCAAACAUGAUUCGACUCAUGGACGUUAUUUUGGAAAAAUUUGUUACGAUAAUAAGCAUCUGAUAGUGAAUAGAAUGAAAAUUAAAUUGUUUCAUGAAAAAGAUCCUAAAAAGGUUCCUUGGUGCCAAGCUGGGGCUGAGUGGGUGGUAGAAUGUUCGGGAAAAUUCAAGGAUAAAAGCAAAGCAAAAGUAUUCAUUGAUGCAGGAGUAAAAAAAGUCGUUAUUAGUGCCCCUUCCCCAGAUGCUCCGAUGUUCGUUUGUGGUGUCAAUUUGGAUAAGUAUGAUCCUUCACAACAGAUCUUAUCUAUGGCUUCCUGUACCACCAAUUGCUUGGCACCAUUAGCCAAAGUUAUUCACGACAAAUUUGGCAUCGAUGAAGCUCUAAUGAGUACCGUACACGCUUGUACUAACAGUCAGGUGAUGCUAGAUGGUACUAAUCCGAAAAAAUGGAGAAUGGGAAGAGGCGGUCUGAACAACAUUAUACCGACUACUACUGGAGCCGCCGCGGCAGUGGGAAAAAUUAUACCAGAAUUGCAAGGAAAGAUCACAGGUAUGGCAUUCAGGGUACCUAUCGUCGAUGUGUCAGUAGUAGAUCUAACAGUACGUUUGUGCAACUGUACCGAUUACGAAGCAAUUAAAUGCGCUAUACAAGACGCAGCCAGUUGUCAUAUGAAGGGAAUACUAGGUUAUACCGAAGAAGAUGUUGUAUCGACAGAUUUCAUUGGUUGCAAAUGUUCUUCAGUGUUCGACGCUAACGCUGGGAUGCAAUUGAAUGAAAAAUUUUUCAAAUUAAUAUCAUGGUACGACAACGAAGUAGGUUAUUCUACCAGAAUAAUAGAUUUUAUCAAAUACAUACAAGAUCAAGAUUGCUCACCCAAUAAACCGAUAUGUGGACCUAUACAUAAGAAACCAUGUCCAAUGUGUCCACCACCAGUACCAUGCACACCCCCUCCUCCACCUCCAUGUCCCCCAACUUGUCCACCAAAACCAUCAUGUCCUCCGCCAUGUCCUCCACCAAAAUGCCCUCCUCCUUGCCCACCGCCAUGUCCGCCACCAAAACCCGCAUGUUGUCCACCACCACCGAAACCCGCAUGUUGUCCACCACCACCAAGCCCCAGUAAGUGUUCAAACGAAUCUAAGGGCACAUCUGGAAAUGUACCGAAACUUACCAAACCUAAAUAUGAAUGUAGAGUUAAAAUUGAUGAAGCUAAUAAAUGCAGAAGAUGA